AUUUCAGAGGAAAAUGGAAACCAUGUUAAAGAGUUUAGGAGAGAGGCUCAGUCUAUCCGAGAAAAUAAUCAAAGAAGCUGCUGCCCUGCAUCGACGAUUGGAGGGGAAGCAAGCAUCGUUAGGAUUGAGUGUGAGUGUUGAGAGUGGAGUAUGUUUACAGUUAGCUGCUGAAAACCAGGGGAAAACAGUUGAUCUCAAAACUAUCUCAAAAUGCGCCGGAUCAAAGAGUAAAGCCCAGUAUUUGGACAGCUUGCAGAAUAUCCGAACUAUUCUUGGUUUAGGUAACUCCCUCACUCUCCAGGAGCUAGUUAUUCAGAUCAAUGCGAUGUCCCUCAUCAAUCCAGCUAAGGAGCUGCUGAAUCUGUAUGAGAAGCAUAUAAGAGAGACUUAUGGUGAGGAUAGAGCUAAAUCAGUUGACACCAGUAAGGAGUUGUACCUGUGCGCUGCUGUUUAUGCUGCUGGCAAGCAGGUCAACAUAAAGCUGGACACAAACAAACUUGUUAUUCUUGGCAAAACAAAGAAGAAAGAAAUGACCGAUCUUGGAUCUGAAAUGAUAAAACUGGUUCCGGUGAAAUCUGUCCGGAAAUCUAGCUCCACUUCCUCGGGACCCAUCCUAACACCACUUAAGGAAUCCAACCGGAAUGAAUCUGGUGUCAAGAGGAAGGUGGGAGAAAUGGUAGAAAUGGAUGAUGAAGGAUUCCAGGAGUGGAAGAAGGAUGUGUUGAGAAAAGCAGUUGCUGCUGGUUUCAAUAAAUAUAGAAAAUAUUUAUAGUUUUAUUUUAGGACAAAUCUUUCCUUUAAAGACAUCCAUUUUUAGCCAAUAAAUAAUUAAGUUAUGGAUUUAA